AUGGCGGACGCUGCAUCAUCCACAGACGAAGUGACUAGAGAGCCCCAGGUAGGCAGAAUCUCAGCAGAAAGCUGUCAGACAGACUGUGAUGCAGAGGAGAGCAGGGAGGAGGAAGAGGAGUUAAAGAGUAGCAGCAGUACCAGUGAAGGAGUGACAGAAGAGAUUGAACAAGCAAGUAAUAAGGGAAAGGAAGAGUAUGGACAGAUUCAAAUGUCUUCACUCAGGAUUGUGCUUCUGGGGAAGAAUGACGACAAGAAGAGUACAGUGGGUAACAUGAUCCUACAGAAAGAGGCUUUUAGGCCUGCUCAUUUCUUCAACUAUAAACGGCCUUGUGAUUCAGCCACUGGGAAGGUGAAAGGCAAGUCUGUUACUGUUGUAAAGACUCCAGACUUAUUUGCUCUGCCAGUGGAGUCCCUGAUGCAGGAGAUGGAGAAAUGUAAGUCCCUCUCUGCUCCUGGGCCUCAUGGGUUCCUACUGGUGUUGAAGUCUGAUGAGUUCACAGAGGAGAACAGAAACACAUUCAAGUUGAUCCUGAGUAUAUUUGGUAAAGAGUCCUUCAAGUACUCAAUGGUGAUCAUUACUCACCACAAGGGAGUCGCAGGAAAUCCUCAUCUGAGACAAAUGAUUGAAGAAUGUGGAGGAAGGCAUCAUGAAAUGUACAAACAAGGAAGUGACCACAAAGAGUUAACUGAAAAGAUAGAAAAGAUGGUAGAGGAGAAUGAAUGGAGAUACCUCACCUCCAAUGAAGAGACGACACAUGAUACCAUGACACCAAAGGCUCAGAGACUGAACAUGGUUCUGUGUGGCAGAAGAGGAGCUGGGAAGACUUCUAUAGCCAAUGUCAUACUGGGUCAGACAGAGUCCAGUCCAAAGUCCAGCUCCUCCUCAGUGUGUGUGAAGAGAGAAGGAGAGGUGUGUGGUCGGCCUGUCACCCUCAUCGAGCUGCCUGCUCUGUAUAGAACACAUCUCACUCAGGAGGAAGUGAUGCGUGAGACAUUCCACUGUGUCUCUCUCUGUGACUCUGGAGUCCAUGCUUUCCUCCUGGUUGUACCUUUGGGUCCACUCACUGAUGAAGACAAAGGAGAGUUGGAGACCAUCCAGAAGAUUCUCAGCUCACGAGUCAAUGACUUUGUCAUGGUCCUGUUUAGACAGGAUUACAUUCCAGUUGAUAAAACUGCAGUUGACUUUGUGGAACAAAAUGCAGACACAAAGCAACUGAUCAAGAUAUGCGGAGGGCGGUAUAAAAUCAUUGAAGCUUUGAAGAUUGAGAACGCCAAGCAGACGACAGAACUUGUAGCAGAAAUAGUCAAAAUGAUGGAUCAGAGCAGAACCUGCUACACUCUGUACAUGUACAUGGAGGCUAAACACCAAUCAGAACUGGAGGAAAAGAACAGAAGAAUCAAGGAUUUAGAGGAGAGAAUCAGGAACAUGUCACAAGGUGAGUUUGUUGAACACACGGAGGAACAAAUAUUGGAGUGCAUAAGGGUGGUGCUGAUUGGGAAAACUGGAAAUGGGAAGAGCGCCUCUGCAAACACUAUCCUGGGCAGAGAUGAAUUUGAGUCUGAAUCCAGCCCUGAUUCUGUGACAACAGUUUGCAAGAAGGCAGUCGGCAGAGUUGAUGGAAGAACAGUUGCUGUGGUGGACACACCUGGCCUUUUUGACACAACACUGUCUAAUAAAGAUGUUCAGCAAGAGAUAGUGAAAUGUGUUUCUCUGUCAGCUCCUGGACCCCAUGUGUUUAUCAUAGUGUUGAGUGUCGGGAGAAUCACACAGGAGGAGCUGGACACUUUGGACCUCAUAGAGAAAACCUUUGGUCCACGGGCAGGAAUGUUCUGCUUAGUUCUGUUUACUAGAGGAGAUGACUUGAAAAAUAAAUCAAUUCAAGAUUACAUUGGGAAAAGCAAGCAUGCCAAACUGAAAAAACUGAUCAGAGAUUGUGGAGACAGAUUCCAUCUCUUCAACAACAAAGACAAAAAUAACCGCACACAGGUCACUGAGCUUCUUAAGAAGAUUAACAAAAUGGUGUCCAUGAACAAGGGCAGUUUCUACACCAAUGAGAUGUUCCAGGAGGCAGAGGCAUCCAUUAAACAAAAACAGGAAGCAAUACUGAAGCAGCGAGAGAUGGAGAUAAAGGCUGACAUGGAGAAACUGAAGGUCAGCCAUGAAACAGACAUGGAAAAGAUGAAGUCAAAGUUGGAAGAGGAGAGAUUGAAAGUUCAGGAGGAAAGACAGCUGAGAGAAAAACUGUUGAGAGAGAGAGAGGACGCUAUUAGAAAAGAGCAUGAAGAAAAGGAGAAAGCAGAGAAGGAAGAAAGAGAGUUGGAGGACAAAAAAAGGAAAGAAGAUGAAAAGUUGAAAAAAGAAAUAUGGGACACAGAAAAAGAGAAGAUGGAAAAAGAGAUAAAAACUCAGGAAAUAAAGUUGAAAAACCUGCAAAGAGAAAAGGAAGAAGAAUAUAACAUGAGGAUGGAAAAACUGAGAAAAGAAGAGAAAGACAGAGAAGAACAGCUUCAAAAUCAAGAAAGGAAGUUUGAUAAACUAAAAAGGGAACAGGAGGAAGAAAGUAAAAGGAGAGAGAAAGAAGAGGAUGAGAGGAGAAAGAAUGAAGAGAAAGAAAGACAAGAGUGGCAAAGAAAAAUAGAGGAAGCAGAGAAAGGUCAAACAGAACUCCAAGAGGUCAUGCGUAGAGAAAAAGAGGAAUGGGAGGAACAAUUGAAGAAAGAAAGAGACAGACACCAGGAAGAAGAAAGGCUAAGGAGACAGAAGGAGGCAGACACUCUUGUAGAACAAGAAGAAAAACAGAGGAGAUUGAGAGAGCAGUUUGAAAGAGAGAGGGAACAAGAUAGAAUAAAGAUGAAGCAAUCAGAAGAGCAAACUAGAGAAAUAGAGCAGAAAGAAAGAGAAAAAAUUGAAAAAGACUUUGAAGAAAAGAGGAGAGAGUUGACAGACAAAAUGACAAUGCAACAAGAGCAGUGGGAGAGAGAACGUAGAGAGGAACAGGAAAGAAGAUUUCAAGAGGAUGUAAAUCGAGGAGUGGAGGAGAGACUAAGACUAAGAAAACUGGAGGAAACAUUUCAACAAGAACGUGAAGAAGAAAACAGGAGGAAGGAGAAGGAAGAUAAAGUCAGGAGAGAACAAGAAGAGAAGAAAUGGAAGGAAAUGAGGGCAGAGCACGAAAGGGAAACAAAAGAAAUGAUGGAUAAAUAUGAACAAGAGGCCAGAAGACAUGCAGAGGAAAUGAAUAACUUUAAAGAGAAAUAUGAAAAUGACUUCCAAAAAGUAUUGGAUCAACAUGAAGAAGAGAAGGAGAAACUAAUACAAAAGCACAAAGAGGAGUAUGAUCUUUUGAUUGCUCUAUAUGGUCAUGAUAAAACAAAACUGACUGAGGAAAUCAAUGACUUGAAUAAGAAGCAUGAGGAAGAGAUAAAGCACCUGUACAGAUGUGUUGUACAGUGA